UUUGAAAACAAAUUAUGUUCUCAAUAUUAUACAUUAUUAUUUAUUCAUAAAGUACUUGUAUUUAAUUAAAUAUAAUGGAAGACGAAUGGGAUAUUGAAUGUUCCGAUGAGGAAUACAAAGAUUGUAAAGGACCAUGGGAACCUAGCCCUGAAGAAAUAGAUAAAUUAUAUACAAUGUUAGAAAACGGUGAAACACAAGAACUUCAUUGGAAGUGCCCCGGCUAUCGUUCACCUUCUCCCGAGGUUUCGGAAGAGCCCGAACAGGAAAAGGACAGAAAAGAACCUGAAGAACAAUCAGAUUUUGAUUUCAUGGAUGAAAUGACCUCGCCAAAAUUAAAAAUUCGCAACAAAGGCGAAGAAACCUUAAAAGGCAGUGCUAAGAAGAAAACCGCUUCUUUGGAUGGCGUUAUAAAUAAUAUGAGAAGGCACAAUCUCUUACCUUCAAAGGCUAAAUAACAGAAAAUGUACGAAAAGUUUGGUACGUUUGCAUAAGGAACUUUAGUUAUGGUGUCCCAAAUUUUAAGAGUAUGUAAAUGUUUUUCACCCGUCAGUAAAGACAGUUGUGCAUUAAAAUUGCUAUCAAAAGGUUAUAUGUAAUUUUUUUUGUCUAUUCAAAUGUGUAAUAUUUAAUAAUUUACAUCUGGUGCUUGUUUAUUAAAAAAAUAUA